UAGGGAAAAUGGACGCCGACACGAGAUGAAGCCCGCGGUCUGAUCGCCUACUUUCUGCUACAUUUCACGACGAAUCGCUCGCAAUUUCAUGAUUUUUACCGCCAUGGAGGAAGCAAAGAAAUCAAAACUGUUCAUCGCUUCAGCCAUUGAGCUGAGAGAUGACCUUGAGGAGAAAAUGGAGAAAGGUUACGAGUUUGUUACCAAGGUGAUGGGAAGCUCAUCUGAGAGGGAGGCUCACGAUUCUUUAAAUGCGGUGGUUUGUAAAGGGAUGAAAGAACACGAAGAUAUCACGUUAGGACUCCUGUACAGUAUUUUGACCAGCCCGACGACUGCUCCAAAGACCUAUCGAGACUUGGCACUUAUAUCCAGAGAUGGGUUGUCCGUCGCUUGGACCAAACUGAAUCAGAUCGUCGUCGAUAAAUACACAAAGCUUCAAGAUGGCGUCCGGACGCAGCUUGUAUGGGUAACCAAGGAGAUGGUGAAGAAUUCAGUCACAGGUGUGGUCAACGUCUGCUCCUCGCUAAUAAAACAGAUCGCUGGCGGUGACGUCCAUCCAAAGAACGUCUGGCUUGCUGAAGCUAUGCUGGAUCUUUUCACAGAAAAUAAAGCGUGGUUGGACAAGUACCCGGUCUUAAUGGCCAUGGUCUUGUACACAUAUCUACGGGUCAUUGAAGACCACAGCUCACAAAUGCUGGCUAGCCUGCGUCAGAGAGAGGUGGAUUUCUGCAUCGGACUGCUUAGGUCAAAGUUUAUGGAAUGCUGCAGAAUAGGUCGUGACUUGUUGAGAUUACUCCAGAACGUCGCGAGGAUUCCAGAAUUUGAGAAACUGUGGAAGGACAUGAUCCAUAGGCCGCAGUCUUUAAAUCCACAGUUCACAGGAGUGGCUCAGCUUAUGAGCCAGAGAACGUCCCCCAAAUACCUGGCCUGCCGACUCACGCCAGAGAUGGAGAAGAAGAUUAUAUUCCUCACGUCCAAGGUUCGGUUUGGUCAACAGAAGAGAUAUCAAGAUUGGUUCCAGAAGCAAUUUCUCUCGACGCCGGAGAGCCAGUCGUUACGCUGCGAUCUGAUUCGCUACAUCUGCUGCACGGUCCACCCGUCCAAUGAGGUGCUGUGCUCGGAAAUCAUCCAACGCUGGGCUGUGAUUGGCUGGCUGCUCACCACAUGCUCAUCCAACGCUGCAGCAUCAUGUGCCAAGCUAGCUCUGUUUUAUGAUUGGCUACUCUUCAAUCCAACGAGAGGCAACAUCAUGGAUAUCGAGCCAGCUAUUCUUGUCAUGCAUCAUUCUAUGCGAUCGCAUCCUGCCAUCACGGCAACUCUACUGGACUUCCUCUGCAGAAUAAUUCCCAAUCUUCAUCCACCGUUGGAGCAGCAGAUCAAGCAAGGCGUCAUGUCCGCCCUCAGAUUCCUCCUGGAGAAGAGAGUCUUACCGUCCCUUGCUCAACUUUUUGACAACCCUAAACUAGACCGGGAGCUGAGAGCGAUGACGAGAGACAUGUUUGCUGAGUUCUGUACGACGACGCCCACCACACCCACCGCCCCUGCCACGCCCAUGUUAGCACUACCACCCGAAGAUGGAAAGACGGAACCAGAGUCGGCCAACAACGAUCACGGUCCGAUUCAGAGAUUACCGUCGGAAGAUGCAACGUUCAGCGACGAAGAGGAGGAAGAUAGAUCCUUGAGGCAACGAAAUCAAGACUCUGCCGUCUUCAGACCCAUCAAGCAAGAGGAGGAGAUAGACCUAGACAUGUACCUGGAUCAACUAGACGGUGAAAUCAAAGAAAUGUGCUCCAUCUUACAAAGCCAGAGGGAUUCAGAUAUUGAGACCCAAUGUGAGACGAUGGAGAACCUGUGUAGCGUUAUAUUAGAAAUGGAUGAUUUUGACAGCGACAUAGCGGGGCCUUUAGCCACGUUCCUCUGUAGUUUGUACAAACGUGACAUCACGGGUGAAACAUUGCCGGAUGAAAUCACAGAUGAAACAAUGGAAGAUUCACUUGGGAAACCCAUCUGUGUAAUAUUCAGGAAUCUGAGCGCGGACGCUGAGCAGGAUUCGUGUCCGUUACAGCUCCUAACGUUAGUCUGCAUGAUGUACGAGAAACAAAUCCAGAUCGGCUAUAACCUACUCUAUUUCUUACAUGCAAGCAGCAGCAAACAGGGAGAAAGGCGGCUACAUAUGUACGAGGAAGUCUGCAGAAACACCGGCAUCGGUGACCUCACGUCCUGUCUAGUCCGAGACUUCAAGGCUUGUGCUGAAGAAGAUGUUAGAUUGAUGUGUUAUCUUGUUUCCCCGGUCUACACAAUGUUUUGUGAUGCAACUACGGAGAGUACCGAUUUACUACACACGAUAGUUUCAUGCGUCGACUCGGCUCAGUUGCAAGAUCUGAUCUGUGAUGUCAUGCAAGGCAACCUCAUGAUGUUUAAGAAGGAAAACAUCGCAAAAGUCUUAGAAGCGACGUUAGAAUGGGAAACGUUUGAGCAGUACUGCGUGUGGCAGAUUCUCCUAGCCCACGAUCUUGACGUGGAUCAAUUCGUGGCGGUCAUUCCAAAACUCACAUACAAAGAACACCCCGAAGCCAUGGCAAGUUUACUCCUCAUGUUGAAGCUAGAAAGAAUAUCCCUUGAUCUGUUGAAACCGUUGAUGUUGCGGCCGUGUAAGGACGGCGAUAGGUUCGUGUCCUCCAUCCUGAGCUACUGGGCCGUUCAGGACGAGCAGCAUCUCGCCGACUUCAUCAAGACGUUACUAGUCCGAGCUACAACCUCCGCCAAGCGAUUACGACAAAGACAAACGAGCAAGCCCUCCAACAUCCCUUCACCUGACCAGAUUCUUGGCCACCUAGAGGCACUACGGCAAACAUCCGCCAUCAGACAAUCCAUGUUUUUCAGUCAGGAGGCCGUGUUACUCGGACUACAGACAAUACAGAGUGCAUGCACCGACGCCCAGAAAAUGAAAUAUAGCGAUCUGUUUGGGCUGAUAGAGGAUCUAGACGAUAUGACAUCGCGGACGACGCGGAGUCGAGUCACGCGGAGGUCACCAGGUUCAUCUAGCCCUAAGAACCGGAAGGCACCGCAGAAUGACGUGGAAUCAUCCUCAGAAUCAGAUCAGGACGACGAUAUCUCAAGCAGCAAACCUAAACCAGCGAAGAAGAGGAAAAAGUCCAACGCCCUAGGGGGAUCUGACAGUGAUUGAGAUGCAACAAGCCCGACGUCAUCACAAAAGAUUAUUUUUUUUAAUGCGGAUUUAUCGACAACAGAUGACAUAAGUCACCGCGACGUACUCCGGAAAGACUUCCCCCAAAAGAAAAAGCACGACCGUUCCCCAAAAGGAAAAGACAAACCGUUCGCAGAUUUGUUUCUGAUCUGUCAGACAGAAUGAAGAUGGAAAGUUUUACGGCAAUUGUUCCUGACAUCCUCUGUCAACCGUCAAUAAAUCUUUUGUCGAAAGUUUAGAACGUCUCUCUUCGGCUCUGCGGAUGUCUCAUUCGUGAAUUUUUUGUAACCUAAUUUCCUGCUUUCGUUUUUUUUUUUUUCAAAGUGACCAUCCGUGAUUUUUCCUUCUCAACUUUUUUGUUUGGAAUAAUGACAUAUUCCAAACAAUUAAAUGAAUUUGAAAUCAUUUUAGAAUUUAACAGGAUUUUUCAGUCUACAUCAGCAAAACCAUUUUUUUUUUUUGUCGGUUCUUUUCCCCAUCAAUACGAAUAUAUUCCUCUUUCUCGUAUCAGGAUCAGUGAAAUGUAACAUGACGGUUACACUUCUUCCAAAUGUUCAUACUAAAAGAAAGUGACUACAAUUUUAUACUGAAAAAAAAAAAGGAUUUUAUCGUCAGUUUUGGAAGAUGCCUUUUUUAGGCGGUAUUGUCAACUUUUUGGAGGACUAAAAUAAUAGGCUUGUUCUACCCUCUUGGAACUGGGGUAGAACUUGCGGUCAUUUUGUAUACAUAAAUAAAAUGAAUUUUGUACAUUGUGUAAAAAUGUAUAUUUGUCGGUUAAGGAAAGAAAACUUCAUGUGUUUAUGCAAUGGGAGAUUAACCCCUAUGUACAGUGUACAUCUUUCGCCACAGUUGGUGUUGACAUGAAUAAGUUGUUACAAAAAAAAAUCAUACCUUUUUUGGUGAGAAUUUGAACUUUCUUAAACCCGAACCUCCUGGGUCGUUUUGCUUGGAAACUUUUCUAAAACCUUCCAAAAUUUAACAAACGUGGCAUUUUUUGUGCGCUUAAACAAAAUUGGUAUCAAAAUCAGAUAAGGAAGGGUUGGGUUUAAGAACUUUAAAAAAAAAGUUGACCAUGAACUACUUUUUAAUGAAAACGGAAAUAAAACUUUUCAUCUUAACCCAGAA